AAUUAAGACAAAUUUUCUGUCGAAAGGUUUAAAACGACUAGGAGAAUUAGACCGAGUGUUGUUUUUUCUUUGGCAGUCCCACCAUGGCGUUUUCUCUGAGAGAAAAUCCCAGACUUCUUAACUGCCUGGAUUCAGACAUCCCAGCCCUGUCCACAUGCAGCAAUGCAGACGCGUUCUGCAGGAUGAACACAAUGCUGGGAAAUUCACUGGACCUCAGUGGGGUGUGCACAACUCCUACUGCCAAGUGCAAGCGGGAUCCUUUUCAUGAUCGUCCGGAGUCGGACCUGUCUGCGGUCCGGAGCAGGAUGCUUUUCCCCACCAGUGGCCAGGACUUGUCCAGGGGUCUGCCUGACAUCAAUAACUGGGAUCUGGGCCUACAGUCCCUCAGCUUGUCUGACUGGGAGAGACCGUGGAGCAGCCACGAUACAGAACAUUCUUCACAGACCACCGCCAGCUCACUGCAAAGUGUUUUGGGGGGCACUCCCAGCCAACUCUCAAAGAAGUUACCAAGUUUCUCUGACUCCUCGAUGGGUGCCACAGACUUCCUCGAGAAGUUUCCAGGCAUGGCACGCUUAAAUUCUCAGUCUUUCCUGGACUCUCACUCCAUAAGCCCCAUAGAUUCAGAGACCAGCGGAUUCAGUUCUGGUUCAGAUCACCUCUCAGACCUGCUGUCCUCUCUUAGGAUCUCACCGUCAAUGCCGUUCCUUAUGUCCAAUAUGCAAAGGGAUCCUCUCAAGCUGGCUCUGGGAUCUCGUUUGGACCACAGCAGUUCUCCUCUCACUCCACCGCCCAGUGCCACUCUAAGUGGUGGUCUGUCCCACCGCUGGCCUGGUGCCUCCAUCUGGCCCAAUUGGGACCUGAUGAAGACCCCUGAGAGCCCCUUUAGCAUUGAAAGAGAGGCCUGGCUUCACAGACAGGCAGCAUCCAUUAAUGAAGCUACCUUCACAUGGAGUGGACAGUUGCCUCCCAGACACUACCAAAACCCCAUCUAUUCCUGCAAGGUGUUUUUAGGAGGCGUUCCCUGGGACAUUACUGAAGCUGGAUUGAUAAACACUUUUAAAUGCUAUGGCCCUCUGAGUGUGGAGUGGCCAGGUAAGGAUGGCAAGCACCCUCGCUGCCCUCCGAAAGGUAAUAUGCCCAAAGGAUAUGUAUACUUGGUGUUUGAGUCGGAGAAGUCUGUGCGUGCCCUGCUGCAGGACUGCACUGAGGACCUGCUCCAUCCUGAGGGUUACAGCGAGUAUUACUUCAAAAUGUCCAGCAGAAGAAUGCGCUGCAAAGAUGCACAGGUGAUACCAUGGGUGAUUUCAGACAGUAACUUUGUGAGUUGCCCCUCUCAGAGGCUGGACCCAAGGAACACUGUGUUUGUAGGGGCUCUACAUGGUAUGCUCAACGCCGAGGCCCUGGCCAGCAUCAUGAAUGACUUAUUUGGAGGAGUUGUGUAUGCAGGCAUUGACACAGACAAGCACAAGUACCCAAUUGGCUCCGGACGUGUAACCUUUAAUAAUCAACGUAGUUACCUGAAAGCUGUGAGUGCUGCCUUUGUUGAGAUAAAGACACCCAAAUUUACAAAGAAGGUUCAGAUUGACCCAUACCUGGAGGAUGCCAUCUGUCAAUCAUGCAGUCGUGAGCCUGGGCCAUUCUUCUGCAGGGACAAGACCUGCUUCAAAUACUACUGUCGCUCCUGCUGGCAUAGGCAGCAUUCCAUGGACAUCCUCAGCAAUCACCGCCCUCUGAUGCGAAACCAGAAGAAGCGGGACAUCAACUGAAGCCACGCAUGGCUGCUCUUUGCCUCAGCCUGCUACCCCAGGAGCACUGCUCUAGAGUUGGUCUCCCCCAAAAAAAGCCCUUCCAGGAGUUAGGGCUUGGGGAAACAGUGUAGAAAGUUCACUGUCGCACUUUCUUUUCAGUUUGGCUUGUUCACUUUGGCACUGUACACAGUGAGAUGGGUUAGCUGGGACCCGUGGAUGGGAAGACCCAGAGUUUUUGACUCAGUUGAGAUUUAGGCCAUGGUUGAAGGGUUUUUUUCUUUCUCCUUUAACAGGUUGCUAUUUGUUUUUGGUAAACAUCAUUCUAAAGUCUCAUUGUUUAACAGAUGGAAGCCAUACAGUGCCUUUAAAUUGGUUUUCCCUUCACACUAGCAACUUUUUCAUGGCACUUUUUGCCAGUGUUUUUUACUUUUUUGAGACGCAACUACAAAAGCCAGAUUUUCAUCAUGACAUUUAGCAGUUUUAGUUUUCACAAAUUUUUACAUGAAACAGUUUUAAGGUAUGGCAUGGAAACGGUUGAAUAGCAAUCUACCUGGCGGCUUUUUAAUUUUUUCGUGUUUUUUUGUUUUCUCUGUGUUUUGGGAGUAUAUUUGCAUCAUCAGUGUUCUGUUUGGUAGAAAGAGGUUUGUGCAUAACUUUGCUAAUAGCCAAUCCAGACCAUUUUCAGUGCGUGCCUCCACAAGGCAUUGCUUUUACUGCUCUCAUCAGAUUUCAAAUCAACUUGUAUUAAUCCAAAAUGAGAAUGGCCAUCGACUGCACGUAGUUUUAUUGCACUUUUUAAUUUGCACUUUGUAAAGGGGUAGGUUUUUAAUCACUUGUUAUACAUCAGCAGGUGUUGUGGGUGUGUUCCCAAAUGGUUGCUUGUUGAAUUUAAAACUAUAGACUUCCCUUGAAUGUACCAAGAGCCUUAGCAGACUAAAUGCAAAUAUCACUUUAUUCCAUCCUCUGCUGUAUGUCUGAAUGGAUAACUUCACAUUCAGAUAAAAUUUUGGAAUAUGCAUUCCAUGCAAAGCCAUUUCCAAAGCUCCUGUCGUUCUACCUCGUUGUUUGCUUUAAAGGUGAAGUUCAAUUUUUGACUGCACAAUAAAGGUGUU